GGCGACGGCGAUGGCGAGAUGCGGGCUGAUGUGAACUACGUCGGGGGCGGUGAACUUGAGAGUGAAGUGCACGGAGACGGUGCUGAGAGAGGAGAUGCCCGAUGAGGUUCGGAUCGGGUACGAUGAGUUUCGGACCGAGGUUUCGGCCCUGUUUGCUGCUGCGCAUUCGGGGCGAGCUGAUGUCGUGCGGAGAUUAGUGUCGGCUGGAGCUGAUGUUAACCAGGAAUUCUUUCGCGGUUAUGCAACAACUGCUGCUGCACGAGAAGGUCAUUGCAUUAUUCUAGGCAUGCUUCUGAAAGCUGGUGCUUCUCAGGCAGCCUGUGAAGAUGCCUUACUGGAGGCUAGCAUUUAUAAUGAGGCUGAAGCUGUGGAACUCUUAAUAUGCUCCGAUAUGCCAAGGCCUGAUGCUGCAGCACAUGCUCUUGUGACUGCAAGCAGCAGGGGCUUUGUUGAUGUGGUCACCGCACUCAUUAAGAAUGGAGUAGACAUAAAUAGCAUGGACAGAGUUCUCCUGCGGUCACUGAAGCCUACUUUGCAUGCAAAUGUGGAUUGCAUGCCCCUGAUAGCGGCAAUUAUCAGCAGACAAGUUUCUGUUGUGAAAUAUUUACUAGAGUUUCGUACAGGCUGGUGCUAGGAGCGAUUGCCAUGUUCGGGUGGGUGCUUGGUCUUGGGAUCCAAUAUC